UGCUCGGGUCCCACGGAGAGGAUUGAGACGAGCCCUGAGUCGUGCAGCAACAGGGUAAUUGUUGCGGAGGAAGAGAUAAUCAGUGUUGUCUGACCACUGAAACCCUUCAAAGGUCGACACCACGCAAACAGUAUGAACCCUCUACAAUGUGGCUGCCAAACAACUGCAAAGGAAUGCUCCAGGGUCCAGGAACUUUGUCUGGAGACAGGAGGACAACGUCCCAAAGUGUUUCAGCUUCCAAGGCGGCCCUGGGUCAAGUUACCAUGGAUGUGUCAAGCAUACCCUUGGAGAUCUUUAGAUUUUUUUGUUUUUGUUUUAGUGUUGAUCUUUUUGAUCUAGUCAUCAAGGAGACCAACUUGUAUACGGCUGCCCACCCUCCUGCCGCCUCACUUCACGUCCAGGCAGGAGCUCAUGGCAGAUUUUGGGAUUCAAGUGAUCACAAGAAUGGUGGACGUCCCAGUUAUUGUGAAUACUGGUCGACCAACAGCUUCCUGCACCAUGAACGUAUUGCCAAGGUCAUGACCAGGGAUCAUUUGACCAGAUGAUGAUACACCUCCUCCAUCCCUAAGGACAGGAUUUGGAAGCUCCAACCAGUUGUCGAUGCCCUUAAUGACUUGAUCUGGUCAACAUUUGUGCCGGGGGAGAACAUCGUCAUUAACGAGUUGUUAUGGAAGUUCCAUAGGUGACUAGCCUUCAAGAUAUACAACCCGAUCAAGAGGGUUGUUUCAAGGUGUACACCAGGCAGGACCAUGGCGACUUACGUUGGUGCAUGAAAGCGGUGCUUCACUUGAUGGAGACCGGUGGCUUCCUUAGGAUAGGAUAUCAAUUGUUUCUUUGACAACUGGUACAUGUCUCCCAGUCUCUUUCAUAUGUUACAGGCAAAAUGGACAAAUGCAGUAGGGACAGCCUGGCUGAACAGGAAGUUCAUGCCAAAAGACCUUGGUGUGAGGAGGAAAUGGUGAUGUCGACAACUUCAGCAUCAAGACAGGAUUGCAGCAACAUCACCAUGCUGUCAAGAGUCUAUACUGCUGCAAUGGAAAGGGAUAAGCCGUUGGUAGUAAAGGAUUACAAUAUCAGCAUGAAAGGUGUCAAUGAUGGUGAUCAGAUGGUGAGCUACUAUCCAAUAACUUGCCAGUCCAAGUUUAGUAUAGGAAUGCCAUCCAUCUUGCCCUGGGCAGAGAAGGCCUCCAGAGUAGGUCUUGCUUCUGACCUUGGGGAUUUCUGAGGAGGGGCUUACUCCACCAGGAACCGUACUGCAGCUAGGAAGUGACAGCAUGCCAUCACCCAAAUCCUUGACAGCAGGAGAAGAUGCUUCAAGCUUAGCAUGCGGCCCAGUGAUGAUGCCGUCAAUUUUUUUAUAUAAAAAUUUUGAUUUACCCUCAUGAUAUCUUGGCAAACGUGUUACUGAGAGUAACACAAAUGGCAUUAUCAGAGAGUCUGGACUCUAUACAAAAACUUCCGACUACUGCAACAGGUGCUGAGAUUGCCCUUUAGGUUUGCGAGCACGCAAAACAUCAUGUUUGGUUCUCAACAACAUUACCUUCAAUGUACUCCCAAGGCUAUAAAAGUGGUGUAAAAUCAUAGCUUUCACUCUCAUUUGGUUGCCCGCAGUGAGUGGUGUGCAGGGGUCCCUAGCAGUUCAUAAUUUUCAUCACUGAUAUGCUUUAUCUUCAUGACUGUUUCUUUCUGUCACUUCUUCCCUUAACCCCUACGAUCUGGAUAAAGUGAUCAUCACAUCAUGAAAAAAUUUGGCUUGAGGAGGGGGGGUGAUGUGAACAUGCUAUCAUGGAAAAACUGGCAUAGGCCCGUUGUGAUGGAUACAUGCUGUCAUAAGAAUUUCAGCUGAAAGCCAGGCGACAGGAAUGACUUUCCCUGAGUGCACAAAGCUCUUCGAGGGUGGUUAUACUCAGUGGACAGUUAGGAAAGGCAUAUUGUAUUUUUCCAUUGAUAAACAAGUGUGGAAUGUACCAUCCUUGAGUCAUGCCUGGAAGAGGGCCAGCUCCAUGGAGAACACUAUUUCUAUGCUCAGGAUCCUAUUCUUGCUUGCUGUGAUCGGUGACACAAGUUAGAGAAAAUUGAAUAUUAUGAAAAAUUGAAUAUUAUGAAAAAUUGAUAAAAUGACAAAUAACAAAAUGUUACUUAUUAUCAUGGAUACAGUAUAUCAAUUGACAAAUAUAGAUAUUGAAAAAUGGCAAAAAACAUUAAAAAUGCUUAUGUCAUAACUUGCAUUGCAAAUGACACCACCCAUGAGUGUUGUGUGCAUCCAGCCUAGAAACCACACACCCAUAAGAGUGGCCACCCAAGUAAGCCUGAUGCCCAGAUUUUGGGCUCUAUGGGGUUAAUAUUACUUAAGUUGUGGUACUUUUCACCAAUAUCUUUUGCUCUGGCAAGCUACUUUUUCAGAAGAUAGGUUAAUGUAUCUUAAUUUUAAUACCUCGUUAUGAGCAGUAAGCUGGAACAAAAUAGUACUGAACGGAUUGUUACAACUAAUAUUCUUCUUAUCAAUCUUAGUUUUUCUUCCAUCUUCUUUUAAUAAACAUCAAAUGUUGUCCCAACACAUUUUCUGAUCAUUAUUGCAGAUACUUCAACCUAUACACUUGCUAUACUAAUAGUACAAUGUAUUCAUGGCAAUGAAAAAUAAAUAAAUAUAAAUAAUAAUAGAGGGAAGAAUGGAGUUCAGUAAGACAAAAGCAUGAAGGAGAAUUAACUAUUUCAUAAUGUCAGAUGUGUGUAACUGACAUUUUACUAAGCAUAUCAACAGAAUAGCAUGAUUUACAUAACCUUAAACAGUUUUGCUCUGGAUGGUUUAAUAGACGUGUGUUGCUUGUGUAUGGGGUGCCCGCCUGCGAGUGGUAACUUUGAAUGUGUCUUCCUGAGUCUCUUUAAGUUUCUUCCUCUCUCACAUACUUGCUCACUCACUCACUCUUUCUCACUCUCACUCUCACUCUCACUCUCACUCACACUCACUCACACACAC